AUGUCUGAUCUACAGUGUACACUAUGCCAUAGAAUAUUAACUGAUCCAUAUUUCAUUGCAUGUGGUCAUUCAUUUGAUAGACAAUGUAUUGAAGACUACCGAAGGCUACCGCGCGAGGAACAAUCCUUCAAAUGUCCUACCUGUAAAACAGUGGUAAAUCCACAUUUAUUAACAAAAAAUUAUCAAUUAGCUAACGUUCUUCAAACACUCGAGAGAACGACACUAACACCAGCAACAACGAAUGACGCGAUAAUAAUUCAUGAAAUGUAUCUACUUGAUAUCAGUCAUUCAAUGUGGUGGUCCGAUUGGACAAGUUUUCCAUUUUUUGGUCUGAUUGGACCUAGUCGAUUCAAUAUAGCCCGACGUGUGUUGAGAGAACUAUUUGAAAAAAGGCAACCAUCACCAGUCCAUAAGGUUGCAUUUCUUGUAUUUGAUUCCUAUGCUCGUUCUGCUCCAAAUACACAGAAUUUUUCGACAAUCACACAACAACAUUUUGACGAAUUAAAUAAAUUAGAACCAAUUGGUAAGAAAACUGCUGUCUAUGAUGCGAUUAUGCACUGUCUUCGCCUGGCACCAGCCAAUAGCCAGUACACUUCUCUAACAAUAUUAACUGAUGGUGAUGAUAAUUUAAGUAAUCCAAUAAAUCGUACUCAUGUAGCACGACAGAAUGAAGAUUUUAUAAUAAAAAAAUCAAAUGGAUUACAUAUUAAAGGGCGUGUCAUCCAUAUUGGAAAUCAGAAUAUUGAUAAUACAAAAUAUCUAUCGGAUAGACUGGGUUACGAAUUUCAUCAUGCACAUAGUGGUAAUGUCACAGCAUUUACACAGGGCUUUAUUCAAACUACAGAUAAUAAUGAUACUAGACUUGCAACAAUAACAGCAAAUCUCAAUGAAUUAUCACGUCAGCAGCCAACCGCUUCAGUUACUACCACUAGUACCGUUACUGCUACUGUACCUACAAGAACGCCGCUGCGACCACUAGUAGCCACUGAAGAUAUUCUACUACAAGAAUUGCUUGCAACCUCACCAGACGUACCGCGAUCCACAUCACGAAUCAAUGACUCACACCAAACAUUCAGACAAUUAGCAGAUUAA